AUGACCGCUGCUGACGUGGUUAUCCCUUUGCAAGAGGAAUGCGCCGACAGCAGCCGCACUGAUACGAGGCCGCACUACCGGUUUUUUUUUCUGAACAGCAUUCUCUGCCGCACCGAGACCGCCGACGCUAGUUUCCGACCCUCCGACGUCUUCGUUGGGCGGGAUCCCCCACCACGAGGCACGGCGACGCUCGGCGAUGCCUCACGAAUCGUUGACGACGCGACCGCACCCACUUUUUCCGCCGAUGUGGAUAGAGACUGUCCCAUUUUCAACACCUUCGGUGUUUUAUCGGGAGGUGUUCUUAUUGACCCCAACACCCGAUGCUUUGUGGACUUUGUGGACGACGCCGUGGUGGCCCCAGCCAUGUCGCAGGCGACAGACGACGACAAUGUGGCCCACUACGAGUCACUUGCGUACGCCAAAAUCCGCGCUGAGGGUGCCAUGUGUUUAUGUUCCUCAAUUGAGCCGUUGAAUGCGCCCGGGACACGCGAUACACCACUCUCCUGGCCACGUUCACUUCGGCUUGCGCAACCCGUCGACGCACGGGUUUUGGCGCUGCGUAACGUAUACCGUGUGCUGCGACGCUGUGUGGCGGGGGCGCCGGUGGAUCGCGAGACGCUAACAUUUUUAGAGGUGUACCGCUGCCAUCUAAAGAGCAAACGCCCGACAGCGCGGUUUAUGACGGAAAACAUCCCCUUUCGUUUUCAGCACGGUGGCAGGGCAGUUCUUCUUCAGCACCACAACGAUGGCGAUGAUGAUGGUGGUGAGGAGGAGGGGGAGCGGGAGUGCGAGGAGGUAGAGGCAAACGAUAAGACGAGGAAGAGUGGCAAUGGCGGCGGUGGCAGCGGUAGUCGUCGUAGUAGUAGUGAGGGGCGCCCCAUUCCCACCGGUGGGUCGCCCUUCUCGGAGUUUCACACCUUCACGGGGCUUCCCAAGAUGGCCUCCGUCAAACACGAGGAAAAGGUCGUGACCACGCCCGGACACGAGUACGCCAUGCGCCUGGAAAUGCGACUGCAGCGGCUGGUGCGACCGCAGCGCGACAACCUCUCGAUUGGAAAACGCCCCCGGUGUCACCCCGAGGCGACGGAGUUUCAAACGCUUUGGUGGACGUUCCUUCGCUACGUUCCACUUAUCCGCGUGUGCCCCUCCCCCGCACCCAACGCGGAGGGUCGCACGGAGUGGUACCUCGCCGACGACAGCGACGUAAAGUACAGGAAUGAAGUGCUGGAGUUUGAGGCUGCACGGGCUGGCGGUGGCGGUCCACGGUGGAGCAUCACUGCAAUCGCCGAUGCAUGGGACUGGCUGCUCCGGCACGAUCGCGAACGCCUGCUGCGACGCCUUGCGAGGCUUAAACGCUGCGUUGAAAAACUCCAGUUGUAA